GGAGGGAGGUGGCUUUGUGACCCACCACCAGUGGCUGGGGUGGAGUUUGACGCGUGAAAGGCUAUGGCCGGUGGGUGUCAGGUUGUCUGCGAACUUUCAGGGGCCACCACCUCGCCCUACCCCUUCCCUGUGUCUCGGGCUUGACGACGCGAGCCUCUUCCUGCACCCGCAGCAGCAACAGCAGCAGCCCGACUCUGCCGUUUCUGUUGUUAUUAAUCACCACCAUCAUCAUCACCACCACCGCAGAUCAUCAACGUUCGUGACGUCCCCAACCACCACCACCGCCGCCGCCCACCUCCCCUGUUAAGUCACCCGGCAGGCCCUACCGCUGCGAUCCGUCCUGCUCGAGCAGAGUGUUUCUCUCGAACGACCGCCCUCAUGCAACAGCACCCCGUGGAGAUGGGGCUGCCGCCUCAAGGGAACCAAUUCGGCGCCUACGACGGAGACUUCCCUCGCUACUCCGGCGGCGGCGGCGGCAGCUACCACUUGGCCAACUACAGCAGCAGCACGGACACCGCCAACGUCAGGUCCAAAGGAAGCCUCCCCAAGGGUUCCGGUCUCCCCGUCAACUUUCAAAUGGAAUUCUCCAAGUUUGAGGAGCUGCUGAAGAAGCUUGACACCAACCUGCAGGCUGAUCUGCGGCGCUUGGACACAGGUCACCAGCCAUGGCACAUCGCCGAGACUGACGAAUACCUGAUGCAGGCACGGCGCCAGCUCAAGUGGCUCUCGGAAAAGAUCCAGCUCUACGAUACGCGGAACCCUGACUCCAACGCCCUGUACAACAGGCUCGUGCAGCUGCAGGACGAGCUCCAGGUGAUGAGGCAGUACCGGGCCUCGCUCAAUCAGUUCCCUGACGGCGGGGCGCAAACGAGCACGUUUCAGCAGAAUUUAUCAGGCCAGCAGUCCUUCACGUGCCCCCAGUGCAAUGUGCAGCCAGGGCUGGGCGGGCAGCAGCAUCAGUUUUCUGGCUGCGAGGAGCACGUGGUCGUGCGUAACAGCCAAGUCGUGCAGGAGCAAUUUCAGAACCUGGGUCUGAGCCAAGCGUCUGGCAAGGGCAAGCAUUACAACGGCGUGAGCGCGGUCUCCAGCCAGGAGGCUGCGGGUCACCUCCGCUCCAUUAAGGACCUCCUCAGCUGGGUGAACAGCAAGGAGGACCACUUGAGCCGCAUGGUGUGCGCUAGCGAUAUGAACAGCGUUGAGUCGCAGCAGAAAAACUUCCAGACCAUGCAGACUGCUAUUGCUGGCUUGGGAAGCCAGGUGGACAGGGCAAACGAGCUGGAGUCUAACAUGCCACCAGAAAUGAGGGAUGAAUAUUGUGACCUUUUGCUGAAGCUCAACUCAAAAUACCACAACUUGCUGGAAUCCUCUGGAAGACACAUCCAGCACAUGAAGGAUCUACGCAGCUUCAUGAUGCAGGCUACCGAGGAGCUCAAGUGGCUGAACCUGCGUGAGGAGAAGGAGCUCGUCUUCGACUGGAGCGACCGCAACACCAACAUGUCGGCCAAACGGGACGCGCACGCGGAGCUGCAAAAGGACUUGGAGAGGAAGGAGGCCGAUAUUGACCACAUCCAGAAACUUGGCGAGCAACUCCUGAAAGACCACCCGGCAGCCGAGACCAUCGAGGCGUACAUGCAAACGCUGCAGACACAGUGGAGCUGGAUGUUACAACUUGUCCGCUGCAUUGAUAUACACCUGAGAGAAAACACAAACUACUUUCAGUUUUUUAAAGAUGCCCAGGAGGUUGAUAAAUACUUGAUGGGCCAGCAAGAAGCAAUAAAAAUGAAAUAUGUGUGUGACAAGUCUACAAACCUGGACAAACUUGAUAUUCUUCUGAAGUCUGCUAUGGCCGAGAGAGACGCAUUGGCAGAUUACAACAGGACCGUGAUGAACCUGAUGAAUCGAGCUAAGACGGUGGUGCAGUUGAAGCCCAGGGACCCGCAGAAUCCGGUCCAGGCGCUCAUUCCACUCACAGCCCUGUGCGAGUACAAAACCGAGCAGGUGACGGUCUAUCCCAACGACCAGUGCCUCUUGAAGAACAACUCCCACCGUACACGCUGGAGGGUCGUGGCUCCGGGCGGUGGAGAGAUCACCGCUCCGUCUGUGUGCCUGCUUGUGUCACCGCUCAACAAGGAGGCCAUGGACAUCGCUGGCUGCAUUGACCAGGUGUAUCAAGACAACUUCUCCCUGUGGCAGCACGUCAUCACCAACAUGAAAUGCUUGAUCAUCUGGCAGUGCCUGCUUCGGGACAUGGAGCGAGUGAGGACUUGGUCUGCAAACAAGGGCUCCCGCGAGGAGUACAUGCGCCUGCUGCACACGCUCGAGAUCAACUACGACGAGUUCCUCAAGCUGAGCGAGGACUCGCAGCAGUUCAGCGUGGACGACCUGGCGAGGCUCAAGCGCGAGUACUCGAACUGCGCCAAGAUCGUGCAGCAAGGAGGUGCUGGUGGCGGCGCCGGCGCCGGCGGAAGCAGCGGUCAGGACACGGUGGUGGACGGAACCAUCAAGAGGACCGAGACAAACAUGACCAACACGCAGCCAGGUCAGAGUGGCAUCGAACAGCACCCUGGACAGCAACGACGGGCAGCAGAGCGUCACCUCGCAUCUGGACGGGAUUGAGAGCAUCCUGGUCCGUAUCAUCCGCACGCCACUCAAGCAGCCCGAGCCCCUGGAGGACAGCGAGGAUCGGCUGGACCGGGUCAAGAAUGUUAGACACAAGCUAGAAUCAGUCUCGAGCCAAGGACUGUCCCCUAACACUGCGGGGAAACUCAAGACUCUCCAGGGUCUUUCUGUCAAGUGCCUGGACC